UUGUUGCCUUUGUCACUCAGCAACGAGAACCAGACUAGUCCAAGUUCUAGUCCACGCGCGCGCAUAUAUAGAAACGUCUUUAAAGCCAUAUUGAUAGGACCGAUCUCCAAAGGUUUUGUUCAGGAAAACGAUGAGUAGUGGGGAUACCUUAUCGAAGUUAGCUCAAUUUAUCUCCUCUUCCGAUAAAUUUUUCCGGCGAGGUGAUGGUGAUGGAGGCUUUUGUUAUUGCUGGGCUACUGUCCUCGCUCUUGUCUUCAUUCUUCUCUACCAAUUUUUCGUUUCCCGGAAACUUCGAUUCUUCAGUCUUGCUACUUCUUCCCCAGCCGUCUCGAUUACUCAAUCUCAGAACUUUCAAUCAGGAAUCUCGACACUUGUUUCUGAUGAAGAUCUAAAGGGCCUGAUUGAGAAACUGGGGGAAAGAAAUGAAGAUGCUGAGGUAUGGGAAGAUGUUAUUCAGAAAAGCAACCCUCGCGUGUCAUACAGUGCUAAAUGCUGCAAACCAAAAGAUGGUGGUCCCAUGAAGUACCUUAGUAUUACGGUGUUUGAGGACUGUUCGCCAGAGGUUUUGAGGGACUUCUAUAUGGAUAAUGAGUAUAGGACCCAAUGGGAUAAAACUGUGGUUGAGCAUCAGCAAUUGCAGGUUGAUAGUAUUACUGGGAUUGAGACUGGUCGCACUAUAAAAAAGUUUCCUUUGUUGACACCAAGGGAGUAUGUAUUAGCUUGGAGAUUGUGGGAGGGGAAAGAUAAGUUUUACUGUUUCAUCAAGGAAUGUGAUCACAGUAUGGUGCCACAACGAAGGAAGUAUGUACGUGUAAAUUAUUUCAGAUCUGGUUGGCGAAUCAGUAAAGUUCCUGGUAGGAACGCUUGUGAAAUCCACAUGUUUCAUCAGGAAGAUGCUGGAUUAAAUGUUGAGAUGGCAAAGCUUGCUUUUUCAAAAGGCAUAUGGAGCUAUGUUUGUAAGAUGGAAAAUGCUCUUCGUAAAUACGUUGUAACAAGUCAUAGACCUCAAGGGUCCACUUUAUCUGCUGUCAGCUUAAUGAAAAAGAUUCCAUCAGAGUUAGAAAGUCAGACAAGUGACAUCACAAACUCCUUGGGAACUACCACUAGUGGUCUGCAAACAGGUGAAGGAGACAAACAAAAGAAACUGUUGAGAAAGCCUUCAAAGAAACUGAUAGCAAAUGGUUUGUUACUCGCGGGUGGUGCAGUUGGUGGUGCAAUCUGUCUGUCCCGUGGUCACUCCGCCUUGGGUGCAAAGGUUGCCUUGGCUUACUUCCUGUCAAAGAUGAGAAAGCGUGGAGCUCCGCUGAGUCAGACUUCCCACGACGCUGGUAUUUAAGUGGUUCAUAGAUUUUUUGUUUGUUUGAUGUAGCAUCUGCGAUUCCUAAGCUUAGAUUAAGCUUGUGUGAUAGGGGAGUGUUUGAACGUGUGAAUACUGGUCAUAGACAUUUUUUACUUUUGCAUUGGCUCUGAGUCUCUGACCACAUGAGCUCUUUAAAGUUUUUGUAUACCUGCCUGUGAGAGUUUACAUUUUUGUGUCAAUGUGAAUGUAAAAACUUGCUAUCUACAGAGUCAAGCCUAAGGAUAUGGCCAAAAAAAUAUAUAAUUAUAGAUGUUGACAAGUUGAAUGUUA